AUGCGGAUCGGGCCUGGUUUCGUGCUUCUUCCUACUAUCUUCUACCUGCUAGUUUCUCAGUUUGCCGCCGCAAACGACAGCAUUGACUACCCACUGGAUACGAGGGCAUUUUACGCUGCAGGUGGCUGUGACACGUUGGUAUCUGCAGACAUGGUGAGUCCACAGUAUAAGUUGUGCACCACUCAGACAACGUGCUCCUCAAACGACACGUCCGAUGACAUUCGCGUCUGCGUGGAGGACCGAGUCCAGUACUUCCAGGAUGAAUUCGGCGCAUCUCCCUACUUGCUGGCCGACUACUACGCAGACUCGUCCUGUCAGAAGUUCUGGAUGUCCAGGGCAUUUCUAGCGGACGGUGAGUGUCGUGCUCAAGGUGGAAUGAGCGGAGCUACGGGGCCAUAUCUGGCUGUCGUGACCAAUGCACAGGCCAAGUCCAUUGGAGUCUACAUGUCGUACGACGGGUGCUACAACUUACGCUUCUACUAUGGCAUUUUCCCGCUUUCUACGACGAACUUGAACUCAGGGGUCUGCGUCAACGACAAGAACGGAUACGUCAAGUACUACCUGUUUCCUCGCAAGGAGCUUCGCUGA